ACUGACGAGCAAUGGCAAAUCCAACGCGAGACGAGAUGAAAAAUAAUUUUCCUCCCGCACGCAUUAAAUAUUCACAUCGCCGAUAUAAGCCAAUUACUUUGUGAUAAAUUUUCAUCUUGGCACUCGCCCUACAAAGGGAGAAUUUUAAUUUUCGGAAUCCCGAGGGAACAUUCCGCGUUUGCCUUUCAGCAGUGACGUCGUGCCCGCUUGGCUGGAGGGUAUAAAUGGGCCGCACACCCUGCCACCCCCGAUCAAACCACCUGCUGCAGUCUGAGACCGUCACAUCUUCGGCAGUUCUCUCAGGCAGAUUUUGGAAAAUGCGAAGCUGCGUUUUGUGGCUCGCGUUGCUGUGCGCCGUGGUUUUGCUCGCCCUGCAGAGGGGCGCCGGUGCAAAGGCAACUCCCGUGGCGGCCAAGGCGGCCGUCGACAGCGUCCCACGGCUUACCAGACUGGCCAGACAAAAUUCGCAAUCUUCUUCCGGUCCAGGGGAAAUCCUCAUAGGAGCUAGAAUUCCGAGAAGGCAGCGUCCAGUGGAGGGUUGGAUGCUGCUGGACCAGCUGGACGCGUUGGUGGACGAGCAGGAGAAGCGCGAGUUUGACGACUAUGGUCACAUGCGCUUCGGCAAACGCACGCAGCAGGCGGCCGGCGGCUUCGACGACUACGGGCACAUGAGGUUCGGCCGCUCCGGCGCAGCGGCCGACUGAUAUGCCAUCCCCGCAACCCCCGGUCCCGCGGCCCUCCCCCUGUCAGCCGCCACAAAUGUGUAGUUGAGUGAAAAAAAAUUAAUAAAAUUAUAACACGAGAUAUACAAAAAUAUUAUCGAUUUGUAAUGUUUGAAAACGAAAAAUGAUGGCUCAAAUAUAGAUGAAAAUGUCUAUGUGAAGGUGAAACGAAUAAAAGGAGUUUGGAA